UGGCUUGUCUAGGUCGCAUUUUGCUCACCCUUCGCGACGCUUCAUUUCAAAGAAGAGGCAGAGAGAGCACCAAGAUUAAGCGUGGGAUAGACGCAGAAUUGCAGAGGACAUCCCGAAAGGCGAGCCCACGUCCAUUCUCUUGGGAGCUGAGCCGCGUAAAGACGGCAGUGGCGCCUUCGAGUCCUCGACACCGCCAUGCCCAGGGAAAGCGCUAUCGACCCGGAACGGUACGUCUCGCUCGGAUUGACACACGUCCAGUAUGACGCCGGUGACCCUGCCGCCAAGUUACUCGGGCUAGUCACCUUGUCGCCCAUCUUCUUGCUUUGCGCAUACGUCACGAUCAUUCUCUACCGUCGCGAACUAACUUUUAUCAAUGCGCUGAUAGGCCAGCUUGGCUGCGAAGGACUGAAUUGGUUCUUGAAACGGCUGAUCAGGCAGCCACGACCGUUUCCUGGGAUGCUUGGGAAAGGCUACGGCAUGCCGAGCAGCCACAGCCAAUUCGUUGGAUUCUUCGCAGCCUUCUUUAUCAGCCAUUUCUUGCUUCAUCACCCACAGAAAACCAAGCCUGCAACAUUGAUCAAUACUAUGAGAAGAGCUGAGCAUGUGGCAGUCAUCAUCGCUAUUGUGUUGCUUUCUGCUCUGACAUGCUAUUCGAGGUAUCAUCUCGCCUAUCACACACCUGUACAGAUCCUCGUCGGCCUGACAAUAGGGGUCGUCGUCGGCGGGGGCUAUUACUAUCUGACAGAGAUCGUCUCUCGUCAGCCUCUGCGUCUACCAGCCCCUCUUGGCUCACCUACCGUAUGGUCCAUGUCCAGUUCGCCCAUCCUGAGCCGACCGCGGAGCCCUGUGCUGAGCCAUGGGAAUGCGGCGUUGGGAGCCCCAAAAGACGAAGGCCUGCGCAAGCGCAGCAACUCAGCGUCCCGUGCGCGAGGUGCGCAAUUGUCACGGCGAAAAUCGUCGCUCAGCUCGAUGCUGCCACCCAUACCAGAUUUGCAUCCCGCGCCUCCGCUGAGGCAGAUGAUUCUGGACCAUCCAGUCGCCGUAGCAUUCCGCGUUCGGGACAGUUGGACCGUCUGGCGCGACGGCGGGAUUGAGGGAGAGUAUGGGACAUGGCGGAGGGAGUGGGAGAGUAGGAGGGAGUGGAGCUGGGACAAAAGCGCGAGCAAACUGUCGCUGACUGCCCGCAUGAAAAGUGGUCUAGCGUUGAAGCCACCGCAGAAGAAGAAAAAGAAGCAGCUGGGUGCCGCUACGGAGGAAGAGGAGGCAGACGUACACUACCAACACAUGCUGCAUGCCCUGCGACUUGCCAACAAAUGUGAGCCCACGCAGACCGCCUUCUGCGUCGGUUGCAUCAUCACCGCGCCCUCUCUGAGAGAAACACUCGCGACGGGUUAUUCACGCGAGCUGGAAGGCAACACGCACGCCGAGCAAUGCGCGCUCGAUAAAUUGCAGCGGGAGCUUAUAUUUGUCGCCGAGAAUGAGGCAGAAGCUGCUGCGGAGAUAGCAGAAGAGCUCGCGCUGGAUCUGUACACGACGAUGGAGCCGUGUUCGGAGCGAAUAUCGGGUGCGACACCGUGCGUGCAACGGAUCCUUGAGUUCAACCACCAGCGUCGCUACGCCGUCUGGACGGUGGGUGCGGAUGCAGACGCACAGCGGUGCUCGCCGCAACCCCAGCAAUCUCAACAGGUGCGCCAUCCUCAACGAUGCAGCAAAUUCGUUCGCCUGCAUGUAGCGCGCGUCUUUCAGGGCGUCAGUGAGCCGGACGACUUUGUGCAAGAGUGCCAGGGAGCACGUAUGCUGCGCGAGCAAGGGAUCAGUGUGCAGACUGUACGCGCACGGAAGCCCCUGUUCAGAGUGCAAAAUGACCGACAGCAGGGAGAAGAGAGCGAGAGCGAAGACUGGAGCUGGCUGGAGAAAGAGUGCUUGCGCAUCGCCAAGUACGGCCAUGCUGACCAGCCGCAGCCUCAGCCUGGCGUAAAGCGGCUGUGGAUGUUGUAACACCGGUGACUCUCGUCGACGUCGCCACUGGGUUAUGUGGCAUUCAAACUGUCACUUAGAAAUAUAUAUGAGCACAUCUACU